CCCCGCGUUUCUCUAACGAAACCCCAGUGAGCGCCGGAGCGCGGCGGCUCUCCCUGCUGCGGCGAUCCCCGAACCGCCGACAGUCCCCAUAGUAGAGCCUGGCUUGGACUUUUGUCUUUUUAAUUUUUUUUUUCUUUUUCCCGAGUAUGAGCAGAAAGGGCAGCGGAGGGACUUGAGGCUGGAAACAGGAGGGCCGGAGAUGAGCUCAAAGGCCUGGAACUCCAGGUGUUUGGAAUUACGAGUCUGACAACGGGGUAAUCACCCCUGGGACCGAACCAGAGCUGUUGGACACCACUGAGGCCAUCGGACACCUCUUUAUAGGGCUCCAAGCAAAUCACUGAUAGUGGCCAGCAAGAUCUCAGACCCCAGGAAUGAGAAAGCUCCACCCGUGAAGACCCCAGCCUUGGGUUUCAUGUUGCGCUGAGCCUCUGCCCUCGCCCUGGCAGGCCCUGCCCACCAUGGCUUUGUGUCUCAAGCAAGUCUUCAACAAGGACAAAACGUUUCGUCCCCGGAAGAAGUUCGAGCCGGGCACCCAACGCUUUGAGCUGUACAAGAAAGCCCAGGCCUCCCUCAAGUCCGGGCUGGACCUGAAGGCGGUGGUGCAGCUGCCUCCCGGCGAGAGCAUCAAUGACUGGAUCGCCGUGCACGUGGUGGACUUCUUCAACCGCAUCAACCUCAUCUACGGCACCAUGUCGGAGUACUGCACGGAGAGGAGCUGCCCCAUCAUGUCUGGGGGCCUCAAGUACGAGUACAGGUGGCAGGACGAUAGCAAAUACAAGAAGCCGACCAAGCUGUCGGCUCCGCAGUACAUGUGUAUGCUGAUGGACUGGAUCGAGAUGCUCAUCAACAACGAGGACAUCUUCCCCACCAGGAUAGGUGUUCCCUUCCCCAAGCAGUUCCAGCAAGUUUGCACCAAGAUCCUCACCCGCCUCUUCCGUGUCUUUGUCCACGUCUAUAUCCACCACUUUGACAGCAUCAUCAACAUGGGUGCUGAGGCUCACGUCAACACCUGCUACAAGCACUUUUACUACUUCAUCAGGGAGUUCAGCCUCAUUGACCAUCGGGAGCUGGAGCCUUUGAAAGAAAUGACAGAACGAAUUUGCCACUGAAGUGUUCUGGCAGGCAACCUCUGCUGGCUCAUUUGGAGUCCAAUGGGACAAGACACCCUGUGGUGUGAGACCCACUCCCAAGGACUUGCUCUGGGCAUUCCGAAUCAAUGAACACUGCAGAAGAGCCUCUUCGGGCCAGUGCCAAAUCCUAAGUUUUCCAAGAACUUCUGGACAGGCUUUUCAUUUAAUAGGUUCCAGUCUCUGUUGUAUGGUUCCUGUUUCAGAAAGCCACUGACUUACUGGAGAAGGAGGCACAUUUGGUUCACUUUUGCACACUUUGGUUUCUAGGGCUCAAUCCCAUGUCCAAUAUCAAAAUUUCAGUGACGUUUCCUCUUGUUUUGUCCUCAGCUGCAUUGAUCACCAAAUAUUUAAGUAGCAAUUCCUGCCCUGUGAGCAGGUGUGACCUUGGCUACUGAAUAAUGCCUGUUACCUUCCCCACAUGCAGUGGGUUUGUGAUGACACCUGAGAUCAGCCCUGCAAAGCUGGUGACAUUUCAUCCCAGCUGCCUUCACGUGGUUAGUUGUUGAUGUACUGUUUUUAACCAUGAGCUGUGAAUGUCUCUCCUUCUGCCCUAACUCAUGCUUUACAAAAGGGACCAUUUUUCCUUUCAAGGGAUUUUUCCACAUUUGGAAGAGGGGACUUCAUGAUGUUCUAGGAUGCAUCCCACACUGCUUGGACUAAUGGCAAGGUAGCCAUGACUGAGGUGGUGAACUAGGUCACUUCUCAGUGUGAUCAGCACAGUCUACAUGAGAAAGUCUCAGAAAACGGUGGAAGGAGCCUGUUGCCAGAAAACAACAUUUUCAACAUGUCAGCAUUUCCUGAUGUGUUGUCUUGGCUCAAGAUCAGCAGGUGCUGGCUGUCAAAAUUGUUGCUUUUCCAUUAUCCAGCCUUACAGCAGGUGGAGAAGGACUUUAAGAGACAUCUCACCUGCUCUGUUCUUGAGGCCCCCUUCCAAACCAAUGUGAUUCUUAAACCUUUUUGACCUUCUGAAAGCACACAAUUGCCACCUGGUCUGUGCUAUUACUGCCCUGAAAAGUAUGUCUCAGAAUUUCUUCCCCUUCUGCUUGCAGUGCCUGAUAACUAAGGUCGUGUUCCCUGUGCCAUUUCUCUUUUGACAAAAGUGUUUUUAUUUUCCUUUUUUACUGUUUUGGGGGAGUUGAAAUCAAUUUGUCUGAGCCACAGAAUUGUAAUGUUUAUGUUUCCUGCUCUUUCGUCUGGGAAAGUUUUGUAUCCAAAAUACACAGAUGAUAUUUAUAACCUGGGGUUUGCCCAUUUUUGGGGUAGGGAGGGGAUAUGGCUAGCAAAUGUAAAUAUUUAAGCCAACAUUACAGUGCACAAGUGAAUUUUUAGUGCUCAAAGCACUUACUUUGUUGUGAAAAUCUAUUUUUUUUAAAUCUUGUGUACCAGAGGUGUAUUUUUAAAUAGAAAUAAAACAGAGCAAAAUGGACAUGAAACCACAUCAUUCCAACAUUUUCUGUGUAAAACUAUCAAAGUCCAAACAUAUUUGUUCUGUUACUAAUUAAAGAGACAU